CAGAGCAAAGAGAGGGAAAGAAAACGACCAACACAGAGCGCGAGGGCGCCAAAUUCCUUACCAACUUCCAAUCGUUUUUUCUCUUACUUUUUCGCCUCUAUCGUCACUAUAAUUCUCGCCCUUGUUGCUUCACUGAGCAAUCGGUUUGUUGUUCGUUGAAAUUUGCUAGUCGCUGAUCUUUAACUGGGAUAUAUCGUUUGGAUUUCGUAACAGUUUGUUUUGAUUUCGUUUUGUGUGGUUCUUGUUUCUCUCAUGGCUAUGGACGAUACUGAGAGCUGUUGUAGUAGACCGGUGGAUGAUUUUUCGACUCAGACCUGGAGACAGAAGCAGAAGGUUGGUGUUUACGUCGAAGUUCUUCGUCGACUCAGACUGUCGCAUGAGGCGGAGACCAGCUUUCCUGGUUUUGAGGAUGAACUAUGGGCUCAUUUUCAUCGCCUUCCUACUAGGUAUGCUAUGGACGUCAACGUGGAGAGGGCUCAAGAUGUUCUCAUGCACAAAGAUCUUCUCUUCAUGGCACAUGCUCCUGCUACUCGUCCUGCAAUUGAUGUCCGUCUCGUACAGGUUCAUUCAUCUCCUGGCACAAACUCUGGCAAGUAUGUUCAUUCAAACUUGAAGGAAAAAGUGGACCAGCGGUUUCCUGAUUAUGACAGCAAUCAGAGACAACACCCCCCACCAGCAUUUGGUUCAACAACAGAGGUCGAAUCUGGUUUUGCGAUCAGCCAAUUACAUGAUAUAAAUCAGCCUGACACUUUAUCCUGGCCGAUGCAUGAAAUUACAAUAUCAACAAUUGACAAGCCAAAACUACUCAGUCAGUUGACGUCCUUACUUUCUGAGAUUGGGCUGAAUAUUCAAGAAGCGCAUGCUUUUUCAACAACAGAUGGCUUUUCCUUGGAUGUUUUUGUAGUUGAUGGUUGGGCAAUUGAGGAUACCAAACAGCUAAAGGAUAUACUAGCUGAAGAAAUAUCAAAGAUUCAGAAAAGGCAUCCUCUAUUUACACCUUGGAGCAUUUCCCCAACUGGGAAGAAAGACAAAAUUGGAGUCAAAUUCAUCACAAAUUAUGUCAACAUUCCACGGCACAAAGUUGGUGCAUGGGAAAUUGAUGCGAGUCUGUUAAUCUACGAGAAGAAAAUUGUUUCUGGAUCUUUUAGUGACUUGUAUAAGGGCACUUUCUAUGGUCAAGAGGUGGCUAUUAAACUUCUAAAAGAUGGAAGCUUGAAUGAGGCUGUACGGCGGGAAUUUGCUCAAGAAAUUCAUAUCAUGAGAAAUCUUCGGCAUAAGAAUGUUGUCCAAUUUAUUGGUGCAUCUACCAGACCUCCAAGCGCUUUUAUUGUUACUGAAUACAUGCCUGGUGGAAGCAUGCAUGAUUUCUUACAUCAAAAAAAGGGCGUUCUUAGUUUUCCUUCCUUACUAAGAGUGGCAGUUGAUGUGUCCAAGGGAAUGAACUAUUUGCACCAAAAGAAUAUCAUCCAUAGAGAUCUGAAAGCUGCAAAUCUUUUGUUGGACGAAGAUGGGGUUGUUAAGGUAGCUGAUUUUGGUGUUGCCAGAGUGCAAUCUCAAUCUGGUGUGAUGACUGCAGAAACUGGAACAUAUCGUUGGAUGGCUCCAGAGGUUAUUGAGCACAAACCAUAUGAUCAUAAAGCUGAUGUUUACAGCUUUGGGAUAGUUUUGUGGGAGCUGCUUACAGGGCAGCUGCCUUAUGAUAACCUGACUCCGUUACAAGCGGCAAUGGGCGUGAUCCAGAAGGGUCUGAGGCCUAAGAUUCCGAGGCAUGCAAAUCCAAUGAUCGUGGACUUGCUUGAGAGAUGCUGGCGGCAGGAUCCAUCUUUGAGGCCUGAAUUUUCUGAAAUUACGAAACUUUUGCAGCAAACCCUCAAGGAGGGCUCAACUGGAAGGCGGCCAAAAUUUUGGGCAGGAGCAGAGCGUUUUAUGGUGGAGCGAGGAGAUCGUGAAGAUGUGGAGAUUCGCGAUCUUGUGCGUGCUGAAGAUGUGGGGAUCAGAAUUCCUGCGACAUCGAAGAACUUGAAGCCUGCGAUCAAGAAGAAAGUAAACGAGAUGGGGCAUCGCCACAUUUCAUGGAUUCUGGAAUCCCCAAUAAUUCUCAGCUUGUUGCAGGUGCAUUUCAAAGAAUUCCGAAGAGGCAUUCUAGGAGAAAACGCCGUUUCUUUCACGGCCUCAACAAACGCGAAUGAACACACGCUUUGGGACACGGUGCAGCGUAGGAUUUUAAUGCAAAUGCAGGAAAAAAGGUGUAAACUUUUCCCUAUCCACUCGCUAUCACUUCCAAAUGUGCUUGCUUCCUCCAUGCAUACCCUGCGCUGAGUGGUCUAUAUUCGCACUGUCCCUCACCCCCUCUCAUUUUUAUCGUUCCUGUCCCAAGUUUAAAUGGAUUCCAACCCUCACAUUAUUAUUAUUAUUAUAUAUUUACAAGUAUUCUAG